GACAGGCAGGCUGACUGUCGAAUCAGGCUAGGCAAGAAAGGGGGCUGAUUCUGGAAGCCAUUACGCCAGUGUCGCAGGGUGGAGGCCGUUGAGUGGGGUUUGUUGGGUGGUUGUGGUACGCAAUUUGCGUACCGUUGCCGGUUCCAAGGAGGGGAGAGGGGGAGACGGACGCCUCCGGGCCCUGAGGGGCCUCGGCCCCCCCCCCCCGUUGUCCCCAGCCCCGGGGGUGAGCGGGCUUGGGGGGGCCCUGCCGCUCCUCGGUCCUAUCCAGCCUCCCCCAAGGCCCCUUGGGCCUGACCAGGCCCCUUUAGCCUGCAAGUGUCCUCCAGUACCCCCUCCUCGGUGCCCCCCCAUGGCCAUGGCGUCACCCCCAGCACCCCCAGCCAAGAAGCGGAAGAUGAAUUUCUCGGAGAGGGAGGUGGAGAUCAUCGUGGAGGAGCUGGAGCGAGGCAAGCACCUCCUCAUCAACCAUUUCAACGCAGGCGUGCCCCUAGCUGCCAAGGCCGCUGCCUGGCACGACAUCCUGCGCCGCGUCAACGCUGUCGCCACCUGCCACCGCGAGCUGCCCGAGGUCAAGAAGAAAUGGUCCGACCUCAAGACCGAGGUGCGACGCAAAGUGGCCCAAGUCCGGGCUGCUAUGGAAGGGGGAAGUGAGAGCCAAAAUGCCAACGGCAAUGGACCGGAGAACGAAGACCCAACAGGCGCUGCAACUGCCCCGGUUAUCCUCACCCCCAUGCAGCAACGCAUCUGCAACCUGCUGGGAGAAGCCACCAUCAUCAGUUUGCCGAGUGGGGACUGCAGCGCAGCUGAUGGUACUGAGAUACCCAUCACUGCGUCAGCCACCACCGUCACCCUGACCCAGAUUCCUGCAGAAACGACCUACCACAGUCUGGAGGAUGGAGUGGUGGAGUAUUGCACAACAGAAGCCCCUACCACAGUCACUGCCGAAGCACCCUUGGAGAUGAUGGCACAUCAGCAUGAAGUGUCUGCAAAACCCCAGGAGCUGAAAAGCCGAAUUGCUCUGAACUCAGCCAAGCUCCUGCAGGAGCAGCGAGUGACCAACUUGCACGUGAAGGAGAUUGCCCAGCACCUGGAGCAGCAGAAUGACUUGCUUCAGAUGAUCCGUCGUUCACAGGAGGUUCAGGCAUGUGCUCAGGAGAGGCAGGCACAAGCCAUGGAAGGAACACAGGCGGCACUGAGUGCCCUCAUCCAGGUUCUCCGCCCCAUGAUUAAGGACUUCCGUCGAUUUUUGCAGAGCAAUACACCCAGUCCGUCGGUCACCGCUGACCCCAGCCAGACAGGGCAGCAGGAUAGCAUGAUCCAGUGA